AGAUUCUCCCACGAACCUCUUCCAUUUUACAUCUAUGUUCUCCCCCUACCUAUAAAUGGCCUUCAUUGACACUCGCGUCCCCAAUUCCUUGACUUUUCAGCCACGGAAAAGUUUUUGCUCACUCCUCCCCUAUAUUCGCUCUUCUCGGCAUCUCUCUAAAGGAUCUGGGUUUGAGUCAUAACUGUAGUUUCUUCUUGGAGUUGCUGUCUUCAAGUUGUUUUUCAAGUGGUUCUCUAGCUGCCUAGGCUGCGAUAUCUUUAAUGGAAGACGGGGAGCUUGAAUCCUCAAACCUGGAAGUGUUUUCUAGUUCGAACGCGGUUGAGCUUCCGAGCAGUUGCUCAAUGGAUAGCUUCUUUGAUGAAAUUCUAAAGGACACUCAUGCUUGCACACACGCUCAUACUUGCAACCCUCCUGGUCCUGAUUAUUCACAUACACACACCUGUUUUCAUGUCCAUACGAAAAUCGUCUCUUCCCCCACUGACGAAAAGGUUUCCACUGAUGACACGGCGGAGUCUGUGGAUAAAAAGAAUAAGAAGCGUCCGCUAGGUAACCGCGAAGCAGUUCGUAAAUACCGGGAGAAGAAAAAGGCGAGGGCUGCAUCAUUGGAAGAUGAAGUUGUGAGAUUGAGGGCCCUGAAUCAGCAACUGUUGAAGAGAUUGCAAGGUCAGGCUGCAUUGGAGGCUGAGAUUUCCAGGCUCAAAUGUUUGCUUGUGGAUAUUCGGGGAAGAAUUGAAGGGGAGAUUGGAAGCUUUCCAUAUCAGAAACCAGCCAAUUCAAAUCUGCCCAAUCAAAAUGUGCCUGGUAGUUACAUGAUAAAUCCAUGUAAUGUGCAAUGCAAUGAUCAGGCAUAUUGCCUUCAUCCAGGGGACGAUGGAAAAAGUGGAGAGAGCGUUUCGUUGAAUGGGCAAAGUUUUAGUGCGUGUGACUUUGAAAAUCUUCGGUGCUUGGCAAAUCAAAACACAGGAGCAAAGGAACUUCCUGACCGUGGACUAGGGAACACAAUUUCCGACGUUAAUUGCUCAGAAUUAAAUCCGAAGAAAGGAGGAGGGGUCUGUAAGACGACGAAAAAUGGGAAGAGCUGAUCUCGGAUAGUAGUAUAUGCAUCAUUUUGUGUAUAUAAGCCUGCCACAUCCGUUCCUGUUCUGUUCAAUGCCGCAUCAACAUUGUCUUUCAGGUUUUCUCUUCCGCAACCCAUUCACCCUCUUUCUAGGUUGUUUGAGAUGACCAUGUAUGUUGAAUGAGAAAGUAAUUCAGAUGCAUAAGCAUGCUUUUAAGAAGCUAGAAAAUGACUAUGUAGAAUUAUCAACCUUCAUAGUUUAGGAUAGCCACGCCACACAUAUAUCAGCUGAGGGUUUCUGGGUUUUUUUUUUUUUUUUAAACAAUAUGUGGGGUGGGGGAACCGAACCUCUAACAUUGAGAUUGAUAGUACAAGUACUGUUCCAAUUGAGUUAUGCUCAUUUUGGCGAGUUUAUGAGGAUAUUGUUGGCGGUUUUAGCAAACUUUUCCUCUUUCUAAGCUAAGAAAUUUCAUGGAUUAUUGGAAUUACAGAAUGGUGGGAUUUCAGGACCCGAGCCAUGUCAAAACACCUCAAGGAAACUUAGAUUUUCCAUUCAAUGUGCCAGAGGACUUUUGUUUACUUGCAUUCUGAGUCAUCGGUGUCGACCAAGUGGGGUUCACCAUUAUUGGUGAAAAAUGCUUGUGGCUGUACUUUUGAGGUCUCUGAUGCUCACUUCCACUAGAUUUUGUGGGUAUGUCCUAAAUCUGAACAAAGAGGUAAGUUUUAGAGGAGAUAUAAUUUAGAAUAUAAGGCUUUGAUUAUGUUGUUUGUUUGUGAAAUGUGAAUCUUUUGUAUUACCAUGGAGAUUUUCAAUAUGCAAAUUGCAAAUGAAAAUCUGAGAACUUCUGUCACAUAUGUUGUUUAACCAGCCAUUUUAAUGAAAUAUGGAAGAUCAUAAUCUUCCCCUUUGUUUUUAA